GGCUUCCAUUGUCCCAGGCGUCAACAACACUGCACUUACCAGCCACCAGCCACCACCAACCAGCGCCCCCCGACCAAGAAGGCAACGCUCUCCACACUUCAGCUCCAGAAACUUUUGCCAAACUCAGAACCGAUAUUCUCGCGCCAAAUUGCUAUCGCUUCCACGAUCGGCGCAUUGUCACUUCCCCCGUCAAUGCCAUGAUCCCUAUCGCCUCGUCUCCGUAAAUGCCGUCACCAUACGAUCGUUCCGACCGCGGCUCGUCCCGCGGCCACAGAGUAUGGGGCCACUGGGUGCCCCUGGUCCUCACCGUGACAGUCGCGACUGUCGGGCUGGCCGCGUGGGUUUGGAGUCAGCGGAGCGAUGACGACCACGACCACGACGAUGUCGAGCCGGUCCCGGAAGACCUAGACUAUGAGAAUGCCGACUACGGCGACAACCCCCCUUACGGCGCCUCGCGUGGUGAUGGCGCCGGUGCUGCUGGAUCCCCACGGGUGGCCGGCGGCGACUCUCGCCCCGGAGAGACAAGCUACGGAACCACAGCCGCCAACCAAGAAGGAUCUGCGGGAUGGGGGGCCCGUAUGUCGGGCGCAUUGCGCCGCACGCCUAGUCCGCAACAGUUCCUAGACACCGCGGGCAAGACGGUCGCUGCCGGUGUCGCCGCCGCUGGCGCGGCUGUGGGGAGCGCCCUCUCUUCCAUCCGGGAGGAAGACAAAGCCGCGUAUGCGGACCAUGAGACCUGGUCCGAGGAGGCGGAUGCUAAAAGGGAGAGACCGGCCAAGUCUUCGCAGGCCAGCGGUGCCGGCGGCGGCGCCAGUGGUGCUAGCGGGCGCCGGAAGACCGUGGCAAUUGUGGUCUCGGCUGACGGCCAUUCCGAGGAUGUCGACGCCGAUGAAUUCCAUGAGCAUGCAUCCAUACUUUCUCAUAUACCCAGCAACAUCGACUUCUCUAAGGUCAAACUGUUCAUCCUGAUCUAUGCUCCCGGCCUUAAGGACCAGUCAGGCGAUUCGGCAAACGAUUUGCCGCCUAUAUCCCUAACCUCCUCUUAUUCCAACAUUGGCCAUGAUCAGGCUCAAUCACCAGGCGACGAGGCCAAGAGUCCGCUACUGGCCGGGUCCUCCACCAACCCGGCAUACAGUGCCGUGUACUCGCAAGCUCUAGGGCUUGUCGAGAAGGAGUCGAUGGUGAUGCCGUUCACAACAGCCAAUGGCCACAUCCACAUGCUGCGCCAUCUGGAGCCUGAAGUGGUCUAUCUACAAGAAUCCCUCGCAGGCGACAAUGGAGGCGUGGUUACGCAGUUGCAGACAUGGCUCCGACACGACGUCAUCCUCGUCGUCGGCGCCGAGAGUGGCCAUGGAGGGCUUGCCGACAGCGAGUCCGAGGCGGAGAAGCCUGAAAAGGCGAUAGAGAAGUGGUGGCACAGGGAAGACCGAGUGGGCCGGGGCCGGGGAGUUGUCGUAGUUGACGGGAUGAGAGUGCAUGAUGAUUGGGCACGCAGAGUGCAAGGAAAGGAAUGAUUGAUUCGUCCACAGAGGCGUGCAUCGGGGGGGGGGUUCCGCUAACACACACUUAUUUUUGAAUAUAUGAUUUAUGUAGGGAAAACCUUCAGCACUGAACAAUUCUAGCGAGUGGC